AUGGUGGCACCCAAAAACGAACUUGUGGGAAGGGACCGCGUGUCUGCGCCAAUCGAGAUCCCCACUGGGUCGCCAACAGCUUCCUCUUGUCAUGGAAGUCAAUUGGUAGAGUCUCGUAAGAGCCACGAUUUACAAGAGUCAGACGACCCGACACAGUCUACAAUGCAACUGUUUUCGUGGGAGGAGCCAUCAGUGAUGCUUGGCAAUGGCUGCUGGCCCCUCGAAAGUGACAAGCGCAUCUGCACCAAAGGUGUGGGGCUAAAUAGAAACGAAGGCCGAAGAUGGGUUUCGAGGCUGUUUUCUAAUUCUGACGACAUUGUUGAAAAUCGUGAGGAUGCUGACUUCGAAGGCUCGACAAUUGCAGAAGACGAUGACGACAUAUUUAAGAUGGAGGUUGACGAAGGAAGCAACUCCACCGCUCGUAGAAGCGUAUUUAGGGACAAUCGAACGACCAACACAAAACGACGAGGGGAUAUCCGACCGCACCGACCUGGUAUUUUGGAUGGUUUGGAUGGGAAUAAUGGUGUAAUGCCAUUGUCUGCUUCGUUUGUGCCACCACACCAGAUGGUGCAACGUGGGUGUUUUUCAUUAGGUCUUCGCGACCAAUUGAAACGAAAACCGGGUGUCCAGAUAUAG